AUGGGUUCUUCAGUAAUACCAUUUGAAGACCUUAAUCAGUACCCUGAUUCUACUUCCUCUUCUUCCAGAAUCUUACCAAAAAUUGAGCCAAAACUUGAACCCAUUGAUGAACACUCCCCCUUUUUUACAACCCCUUCCGACCCCAAUUUACGCUCCAAAUUUCACCGCAUUUCUGAGCUCUUCGAAAAUGCUUUCACCUACCCGGAUUCUAGCACCAAUAUUAUUCCUGUCAAAAACUCGGAAAUCCAGCUGUCAAAUUUCGCUAUUUCGACGCAGGGAGCUUGCCAAUACAUCCGCCGGCGCUCCUCCAUUCUAGUCUCUGUAACUGAUCUCCAGCUCGAGAAUCGGCGCCACUUUCGGGACUUGAUUCGUCUGACCCGGAUGCUAUACGACUGCCUGUGGGUCUUCUUCAUUGUAGAGGAUGAGAUGUUGGAAAAAUGA